CUCAGGGUCGAAGGUUUCGCCCUGUCUGCACCGACCCCCACCUCCUGGCCGCACCUCUCGACCCCAACCCUCAGUUGACCGACUCCUGGCACAGCAGUGAGGAAGCUCGAGCACUCUGCACCCGGGGAGCGAGACAUUUACGGUGUUAAUGAAUACAUCCCUGGAUUUAGCAGUGGGCCGAAGCAUGAUGAACAACCCUGUCUGUGGUUCCUGAAUAUCGUGAUUGGUUAAUGUCUAUAUGAAGGAAGCAUGGCUCAUGGAAUCCCCUCCCAAGGCAAAGUUACAGUGGCAGUGGACGAGUACAGCUCAAAUCCCACACAGGCUUUUACACAUUACAAUAUUAACCAAAGCAGGUUCCAGCCUCCACAUGUACAUAUGGUAGACCCUAUACCAUAUGAUACUCCAAAACCAGCCGGCCACACACGUUUUGUCUGCGUUUCCGACACACACUCCAGAACAGAUGGCAUCCAGAUGCCGUACGGGGACAUCCUCCUACAUACGGGUGACUUCACUGAGCUGGGGCUGCCUUCUGAGGUUAAGAAGUUUAAUGACUGGUUAGGAUCUUUACCGUACGAAUAUAAAAUAGUGAUCCCUGGGAAUCAUGAACUGACUUUUGAUAAGGAAUUUAUGGCCGACCUUGUGAAACAGGAUUACUACCGAUUCCCCUCUGUUUCCAAAUUGAAACCUGAAGACUUUGACAAUGUGCAAUCACUCCUUACCAAUUGUAUUUAUUUACAAGAUUCAGAGGUGACAGUAAAGGGAUUCCGAAUAUACGGCGCACCAUGGACACCGUGGUUUAACGGAUGGGGCUUUAAUCUCCCAAGAGGUCAGUCUUUACUUGACAAGUGGAACCUAAUUCCAGAGGGCAUCGAUAUAUUAAUGACUCACGGUCCCCCUCUCGGUUUCCGAGACUGGGUACCCAAGGAAUUGCAAAGAGUCGGUUGUGUAGAAUUGCUUAACACAGUGCAGAGACGUGUACGGCCCAAGUUACAUGUUUUUGGUGGCAUUCAUGAAGGUUACGGCAUUAUGACCGAUGGUUACACAACAUAUAUCAAUGCCUCAACGUGUACAGUCAGCUUUCAACCAACCAAUCCUCCAAUUAUUUUUGACCUUCCAAACCCCCAAGGAUCAUGAAGACCCAAUGCACAGAUGGUCUAUAAACUGCCAUUUUUGUUUUUAUCAUUAAAGGGUUUGUUUCGUGUAUCUAUUUUAAGAUUACAUGUUUUGUUUCUAUUAUAAAUAUUAUUAUUAAUAUUAUUUUUAAUUAUUGGUACAAAAAAAGAAAAAAAAAAAACUUGUGUUCCAAGAACCAAGACAGUUUCUUAAAUGAUCAACCCGCUUGAGGUUGUUAGUGGAUUCCAGUCCAUUUGUUAAUUGUUCAUAUCCCAAAAACAUUGCCAAACUUUUUUUAAAGAAGUUAUUCACUUAAAUGAAAAAUGUUAAAAAAAAUAAGCUUUGAUAAACAGCAUUGUAAAACCACCGGGAUUUGCACAAGUUAAUAUUAUGUGUUUUGUAUGCCUCUGUCUUUAUUUUUUUUAAUGACUGUUUUGUUGUUCUUUUUGUUCCAAACUUCUGUCUCCAGUGCACCUUUCCAUCUAUUCUAUAUAUUUUUUUUGUUUAUUUUGGGUAAAAAAUGCCUUUUUAUAAUAAAUAUGAAAUUCAUUAUCUUUUCUUUUUUUAUUAUUUUAUUAUUUUAAUUAAAUUAUUAUUGCUUUAAUAUGUAUGGGGCUUAAGAAGCUGUAAGCAUCAUUAAUGCCGUGCAGUAAAAAUCAUGUAAAUGCAGAAUCCUUUUAAAUAUGGAUUUAUAAAUAUAUAUAUAUAAGUAUUUUUUGUGUGUUAUUUCAAAAAAUAUGGAUUUAAUAUUGGCAGCGUGGUAUCAGCAAAAAAUAUACUGUACAGCUAUACUAAAUUAUAAAGGACAGACACAUUUGCAAGUGUUCUGUACUUUGUGCAGUUUUUAGGCAUGUAUAGAAUUAAAUAAAAAAUAAGCAAGCCAAAAAGGGCUUAGUUUCUCUUCUCUUUUUAAAUGUUCUUGAAUUCCUCCCAAAGUUUUUCUUUUACUCACUUUUUUCUUUUUUUCUUCUUAUUUUGCACUGUGUGUAAAAGCAAUCUUGCUGACACAAAAAUGUUGUUGCAUAUAGCUCUUUCUGUUAUAUUCCUGUAAAUGCUUUUUCCCCCUCAAGGCUUUGUCCUGUUUUAUGUUAUCUUGUUACGUUUAGAAAAUCAGUUGUUUCUUUUAAAUUAAUUGUGAUAUUAUAUAUCUAGCGCCUUUAUAUGCAAAUAAAAUUGCAAGAUUUUUAAAUAA